AUGAAUAUCAACUCUUUCUUUCUGAAUGUUCAGCUCCUCUACUUUGUGACGUUUUCGACCACUCUGGUCUUCAAUGUCACCGUCGGUCUGGUGGUGGGGGCGAUUUGCUGUCUCCUGGCCCUGGCAGAGGGUCAAAGAACAUUCCGUGUAACACCGCUCCACAAUGUACCAGGUACCGAGUUGUUUCUGCCGGAUACACCUGGUGAGGUACCCAGUGCCAAAGCCACAUGGAAUGGAGCGUCUACCAAUCAUAUCCCAUAUGAAAUUAUCGCUUGUCAACUUGUGGGAUCACUGAACUUCGCAUCUGCAGAGCAGCUACGAGCCAGAAUGAAAAGUUUCUUGGAGAAGAACACCCAUCAUGCAAAUGAUAGCACUAGUUUGGAGAAUAAACCCCUAACUACAAGUCUUGAUGAAAAAGGGGAAGAUAACCCGUUAUCUAAGACGAAUAAUACUUCUAAUUCAAAAUCGGACAAAGCUUGUCAAAGUGCCCGAAAGCGAUAUAUUCUCCUUGAUGUUAAUGGACUGUCUGAUGUUGACCCCUUUGGAGCUCAGUAUCUCACCGAUUUGCACAGAGAACUCAGUGGCAGCGGCUUCGCAGUUGUCUAUGUCGGGGAAAUUCACCGCCACAAAUGCUUGGACACUUCAUCCUGGUUGCGCGUUCCUUUGAUCAGUCUGUCCUACCCAAGUCUGUACGAUGCCUACGUGGCUUGUCACAACCAUCUAAGGCUUGCAUCGACCUGGAUGAACUCAUCGGAGGACUUGUCGAAAUUGUGA